AUGCAGGUGGAUCGGAGCUGUGUGGUUUCCAGUGCGUGGUGUGCGUGUCUGCUUUUACUUUACUUCACUAUAAGCACCAGGGUCACUGAGGUGGGAGCCACCCACCAAAGCAUCCCCCCGUCCGUGGUGAAGCUUUGGGCUUCAGCGUUUGGUGGAGAGAUGAAGUCCAUCUCUGCCAAGUACUCUGGCUCCCAGCUGCUGCAGAAGAAAUACAAGGAGUUUGAGCGGGCGGUGCGGGUGGAGGAGAUUGAUGGGCUGCGGCUGGUGAAAAGGCUGGCAGAGGACAUGGAGGAGAUGUUUCACAAGAAAGCACAGGCGAUGAAGAGACUGGUGGAGGCAGCAGAGGAAGCCCACCUCCAGCACGAGGAGGAUCCAGACCUUCAGUAUGAAUACUUCAAUGCAGUGCUGAUCAACGAGGUGGAUGAGGAGGGGAACAGUGCAGAGCUUGGAGGAGAAUUCAUCCUGCAACCCAAUGACCACUUUAACAACCUGUCAGUCAACCUUAGCCUCAGCGUGGUCCAGGUACCCACCAACAUGUACAACAAAGACUCUGCAAUUGUCAACGGUGUGUUCUGGUCUGAGGCCUUGAAUAAAGUGUUUGUGGAUAACUUUGAGAGAGACCCAUCGCUCAUAUGGCAGUACUUUGGCAGUGCCAAAGGAUUUUUCAGGCAAUACCCAGAGAAUGGGCCUGCUUAUCAGCGGAAGAUAAAGAGCGAGCCUUUUGGCUGGCAGUGUGAUCUUCUAUAUGGUGGUGUGGUCCGCAUAUUCCCUUACCUGAUUGGUCGAGAGUCAGCCUUCGCAGAUAAUCUGAAAUGGAUGGCGUGUGCUAACAAAGGAUACUUCACUCAGAUUUCCACAUUGGCCGACGUGCAGGAGAACGUGAUGGAGUACCUCCAUGUCCUAAGUCGUCCCAAGGUGAUCGACCGGGAGCACGACACAGUGUGGACUGAGGCCUACAUCGACAACACCCUACCCCAAGCACAAAAGAUGGAGGACGGUCAGAGUCCGGUUCUGAUGACCACGGUGGCAAUGCCUGUGUUCAGCACAAAGAAUGAGACGAGAAACCGUGGCAUCCUUCUGGGGGUUGUUGGGACAGAUGUGCCUGUGUCUGAGCUGCUUAAGACCAUCCCCAAAUAUAAGCUGGGCAUUCACGGUUACGCCUUUGCAAUCACCAACAAUGGCUACAUCCUUACGCAUCCAGAUCUACGGCCACUUUACGGGGACGGCAAAAAGCGGAGGAAGCCAAACUACAGCAGUGUGGAUCUGUCUGAGGUGGAAUGGGAGGAUAAGGACGACACGCUGAGAAAUGCCAUGGUCAACAGGAAGACGGGGAUCUUCUCCAUGGAGGUGAAGAAGAGCGUCGACAAAGGGAAGCGUGUGUUGGUGUUGCAUAAUGAUUACUACUACACAGAUAUCAAGGGGACACCUUUCAGUCUAGGUGUAGCUCUUUCCAGAGGCCACGGGAAGUUUUUCUUCAGAGGGAAUGUCACUGUGGAGGAAGGACUUCAUGACUUGGAGCAUCCUGAUGUAGCGCUGGCAGACGAAUGGACUUACUGCAACACAGACGAGCACCCAGAACAUCGCUACCUGUCCCAGAUAGAGGCGAUCAAACUUUACCUCAGUGGCCAUGAACCCCACCUACAAUGUGACAAGGAGCUGAUUCAGGAGGUUCUCUUUGAUGCAGUAGUGACUGCCCCUUUGGAGGCCUACUGGACCAGCCUGGUGCUAAAUAAAUCUGAGAACUCAGAUAAAGGGGUGGAGAUUGCGUACCUCGGCACAAGAACAGGCCUUUCCAGAAUCAACAUGUUUGUGGUGCCUGACCAGCUCACCAACCAAGACUUCCUGACAGCUGAAGACAAAGAGGGGGUGUUCAACGCCGAUCACUUUCCCCUCUGGUACAAGAGAGCGGCAGAACAAGUUCCUGGUACCUUUGUCUACUCUCUACCUUUCAACACAGGAUCAGAAAACAAGAGCGUUGUAUUGGCCAGCACUGCCAUUCAGCUUCUGGAUGAGAGGAAAUCGCCCAUAGCUGCGGCUGUGGGUAUCCAGAUGAAACUGGAGUUCUUUCAGAGGAAGUUCUGGACAGCCAGCAGACAGUGUGCAGCUUUGGAUGGGAAAUGCUCCAUCAGCUGUGAUGAUGAGAAUAUCAACUGCUACCUCAUUGACAACAAUGGCUUCAUUCUGGUGGCCGAGGACUAUACUCUGACAGGGAAAUUUUUUGGAGAAGCAGAAGGAGCUGUAAUGAGUAAGCUUCUGCAGAUGGGCUCUUUUAAGAGGGUCACUCUGUACGACUACCAGGCUCUUUGUUGGGUUUUUUCAGAGAGCAGCGGCAGUGGACACACACUGCUGGAUCCGUACUUUGCUUUCUUCUCAGCCGUGAAGUGGAUCCUGACCGAGCUUGUCAUAUUCCUGGUCGAGUUCAACUUGUACAGCUGGUGGUAUUCUGACAUCACAGCUAAAGCUCAGAGGUUGGGUCGGACCACGCAGGUACCAUGUGACACAGAGUACCCGGCUUUCGUCUCUGAGAGAACCAUCAAAGAGAACACAGGCAACAUCGAUUGUGACGGCUGCAUCAAGUCCUUUGUGAUCCAGCAGAUCCCCAGCAGUAAUCUCUUCAUGGUGGUGGUGGACAGCAAGUGCGACUGCAGCAUGUUCGAGCCAAUCACCAUGGACCCCAUCGAAAUCAUGUAUAAUGAAUCUCUUAAGUGCGAGAGAUUGAAGAUGCAAAAGGACAGGAGGCGCCCAGAUACCUGUCACCCCUUUCACCCUGAGGAAAACUCAAUGGAGUGUGGAGGCGCUGGUUCUCUCACUCCGUCUCUUGCGGCGAUGCUGCUCUGCUUCCUGCUGGCUCUGUUCCCCAGGUGACCAGAGCUGGCCACGCCUCUCCAUCCAGCACUCGACUUGGAUCGGCUUGGCUCUGCACACAAAAGAAUUGCAACGAUGCCACAGAAAAAGAGCACUCCUGCUGCCCCUAAUAAAAAUGUGCCCAAUUUCAACUCACCACCUACAAAGCCCCAAGCCCAGAGGUGCGUCCCUACAAGGUACUUAUUUGAAAGGAUUGAGAAUGGAUACCUGUUGAAUAGUGAUCAUUAGUGUGCUUUAGCCCGAGCUGCACGGAAAGUUUUCUGGGGAGAUGCAAAGUUUCAGACAUAGUUAUAAAGCUUACAAUGCACUUAGUAGCUUAAAACUGCACAUGUGUCCCAGUUAUACCCACUGACACUCACCUCUAUAUGCUCAGUCCUUUCAGGUAGCAGCUAAGGGCUUGGUUCUGUAGCUGGGCUUGGAACUGGGCAUUAGAGCCACGUAACACCAAUGUGGAGAAAGACAGGCGCACCUUUCCUCUGCCCACUCUGACUUUUCAUGGACAAUAAUGAUUCAGAAGAAAAAAAAUAAUACUGAAGAUGAUUAUAUGUGGCUGGGGUUGUAAUGGGGUUGUAAUGAUCUUUUUUCAUGUUGAGAAAAAAAAAAAAAAAAGCUCUGGUUAUAAAUAUGAAGAUAAAGAGUUUUAUUUAUGAUUUGCAAGUGGUACCCAUAAACUGUGACUAUGAGAUUUUGAGUCCUCUGAUGUGAGUGGUUAUUAAUAUUUGAGCUUUGCCUUAU